GAUUAUUUUGCACAUCAAAGCAGCCCUUGCCCAAAACGAUAAAACUGACUGUUUAACAAUCAACGUCAACUGUUCACGUCUGACACAUCUGUUUUUGCAGCAGAAGUCCUUUGCGAGUGCUUUUCAGAACAUUUUCGUACAAGAAAACCACAUUUAAAAAAUGUCGGAAGUCACUUCAAAGAUCCCGAAGCCAGUGCUGCGUGGAUUGCACAACGCCUCCAUUAAGCGCAACCUGGCCGUGGCCGGCGUUCUGUGCGUAGUAAGUGUGGCUGCCUUCAACUUCCUUUACGUCCAACCGAAGCAGCAGGCCUACGCUGAUUUCUACAAGAACUACGAUGCUAACAAGCACUUCGAGCGUAUGAAGAACGCUGGUCUGCUGCAAUCCGUGAAGGAAUAAACUAGCUCCGGAUUGGAUCAUAAGGAUAGUUUAUUGCCUCUACAUGUUUACCCGUAAUAAAUAAAAACAUCAUAAAACAGUA